AUUAGCAGACUAUACGUCAUAUACAUUUUUUCUUUGAGACUAAGAAAGAGUUUUUAACAUAAGUCUAUGUAAAGCUUUCUUUGUCAGGAGAUGGAUAAUGAUGAUAGAAUACAGCGUAUAAGAGAAGCGCCUAUAUUGAUUACGAUAUCCAUCGAUAAACGCCAAAAAAAAUUUGCGAAAGAUAGUGGAGAAGCUUCGAACAGGACUUUUUCGCAGUCAAGAAGGAAUUCUUUUAAAAAUGCUCUUCCUACUUAUCCUAAACCUGUGGAUGCAACUGCUUCAUUCGAAAGAACACUGUAUAGAAAAGUAUCUUUGGUAACGGAAGUAGAAUAUAAUCUGUCCAAUCACAACGGUAAUGCACAAUUAAAACGGGAUAUUGGAGAGAACUUCCCUUGUUCCUUUUUUGGCUUUCUCGAUCUACAAUUUUUGAAUAGAUUCCGUAGUCCUAUAGCAGUUCUGACAUGCUUGUGCAUAGCCAGUGGAUUACAAGGAUUCAUAGUUAAUGGAUUAAUUCCGGUUGUUUUAAGCAGUCUAGAGGUUAGGUUCGGACUGUCGAGUACUGAUAGCGGAAUUAUACCUGCAACGUAUGAUACGGCUGUUGUCGUUUUUCUUAUACCUAUAUCGUAUUUUGGAGGAGUUGGUCACAAACCACGUUGGUUAGGUCUGGGAGUUUUAAUAAUGGGCCUUGGGGCUUUUUUAUUUAGCUUUCCACAUUUUAUAACAUCGGAAUACGUCGAUACGGAUAAUAGUGGAACAUCUCCUUUCUCUUGCAAUUUAAAUAGCACGAAUCUAAACGAUGAUUGUUCAAAGCCCUUCACUUCACUUAAUAAUUUUAAAUAUUUAUUCUAUUUUGCUAAUUUUCUUCACGGCGUCGGUGCAGCUCCUCUGUUUACACUUGGCGUCACUUAUCUAGAUGAAAAUUUGACGGUUGAGAAAAGCUCUAUGUAUAUGGGUAUUUUUUAUUCCACUUCUCUCUUAGGCCCCGCUAUUGGGUAUCUAUUGGGUGGCCAUUUCCUGUCAUAUCACACAGAUAUCAAUAGAGGCAUUAAUAUCUCGAAUGACAUAAAUGAUCCUAGAUGGGUCGGAGCCUGGUGGAUUGGUUUUAUCAUUGCAGGAAUAAUAUGCAUAAUCAUUUCCUUGCCAAUAAUUUGUUUCCCAAAAGUCCUUCCUGGAGCGGUAAAAAUUCAACAAAAGAGAUUAGAUGAAACAACUGCAGGAGCUAAGUGUUCAGUUGUUGUUUGUUCGUCGGAUUCAACAAGAGAUUUUUUAAAAAAUGUUCCAAAAUUAAUAAAGGAUUUAUUAUGUAAUGGACCAUUCGUUUUGCUAUGCCUUGCUGGAGCUGCAGAUGGUUUCGUUCUUAGUGGUUGCGGAGCAUUCCUACCAAAGUUUAUGGAAAACCAAUUUGCUCUUACGGCAAGUUGGUCUGCAAUGUUGGCGGGAUUCAUUUUUGUUCCUUGUGGAGGAGGAGGAACUUUUACAGGUGGUUUCAUCGUCAGAUUUUUUGAGUUGAAAUGUAAAUCUAUCUUGAAAAUAUGCCUAAUCUUCUCCGGGUUAGCAACAUUAACUUAUUUUGGAAUAUUGGUUGAUUGCGACCAAGAACAUGUUGCUGGUAUCAAUUAUCCAUAUGCUAAUCACACGUCCAUGAAACAGCUAACAGUCGAUUGCAACCGCAAUUGUUUCUGUUCUGACAGUCAUUUAGAUAUGGUUUGCGACCCACUAGAACAACUAAACUUUGUCUCCCCUUGUUACGCUGGUUGUUCUAAGGUCAAGGACGAGAACACUUGGAUAAAUUGCUCAUGUGUACCAUCUGGUGCAGUGAAGAAAGGAAGAUGCCAAAAUACUUGCUAUUUCCUUAAAAUUUUCCUACCAAUUAUAGCGUGCCUACUCUUUCUUACUUUUAUAACAUCGAUACCAGCCUUAUCGGGGACUCUGAGAUGCGUUGUAGAAGAAACAAAAAGUUUUGCUUUGGGCAUUCAAUGGAUGAUAGUUCGUUGUCUCGGUACAAUACCAGCACCAAUAAUUCUUGGUAACGUUUUUGAUUCGAAAUGUCAAUACUGGAAAAAGGAUUGCGGACUUAAGAAAAAUUGCUUUAUCUAUCAAAAUUGGGGCAUGGCUCGAGAUUUGACUAUUAUUACCCUCUCGACAAAAUUUCUAACAACAUUGUUCUUUUUUGGAGCUUUCUUGCUCUAUCGUACUGACCAGAGCAAAAGGGGAAUAGAUGAUCCGCCCAGCGUCAACGAUGAGGAUAAAAGCGAUAGUGUUAUGCGAAGGAUUACUCCAGUGGAAUCACUAGACGAAUCUAAACCCAUGCUUAGAGAAACCGCCUUGUAA